AAUUAUCGUAGGCCAAGUAUCUUCUAGAUUAGGAUAUCAAACUUGGACAAUUCUUGUUUCAUAUGUGAAUCCUUAUCAAACGUUUUUAUCCAUUUCCUUUCAAACAACAGCCUCACAAGUAAACAGAGAGAAGAAAGAAUCAUGUUGGAAAAUAUCCCACAAGAAAUAUUGAUCGAAAUUCUCAAGAGAGUGCCAGUGAAAUCUCUUCUAAAAUGCAGGUGCGUAUGCCAGUCAUGGCACUCUCUGAUCACAAAUUCUAGUUUCAUUUCCACUCAUAUCAACCAUUCCAUUGAAUGCAACAACAGAGUACACUCCUAUGCACUUGUCAAGCAGAAAUCCGUUCCUGAUUGUAAAGAGCGAUUCAUUUUAUAUAUUGAUGAUGAUAGUGGUGAUGAACCGUUCAGGGUUUAUCAAGAACUUGAUUUCCCUUUCAAAGGGGAAAGAUAUCUUGAGAUUAUUAGUUCCUGUAAUGGUUUGGUAUGUUUAUCAGAUUCCCAAUAUGCUCGCUUUUAUUUAUGGAAUCCUGUCAUUAGAAAAUGUUUGACUAUCUUGUCAAGUGAUAGUUCAUUUAUAGUUGGUUUCGGGUUUGAAUACAAGAAAAAUGAUUACAAAGUCGUUAAGAUUAUGCAUCAUCCAGAGAAGAUGAACCCAGUACUUAUUGUCAAGAUUUAUGAUCUUAGCACUUCUGCUUGGAGGAGCAUUACUGUUGAAAAUCGUACACUUCUUAAUUUCUGUUUUGGCGAUAGGAAACGCGCUUAUUCCAAUGGUGUUUUUCAUUGGCUUGCCCGCGCUCCAGGCAAGGAAGGAUCUCCUGACAAAUUGACAUUAGCUUCGUUUGAUUUGGGAGAUGAAGUGUUUAGAGAGAUGAUGUUUCCUGAUGAUUUAGCUCAGGUUAAUGAAAAUCAUCUUUCCUUGGUAGUUUAUGGUGAAUCACUAGCCCUGUUACAACACUUGUCAUGGAAAUCUGAUGAUUUUUCAUGGAGUCUUGGUUAUUACGAGAGUUGUUGCAUUUGGGUGUUGAAAAAGCACGGUGAAGGUCGAUCCUGGAGUAAGCAAUAUACAUUUGGAAUGCAAGAUUAUGGAGGGUUAGUAAGGGUACUAAGUUUCAGAAAGAAUGGAGAAGUUCUACUUCAGAUAAGAAGCAGUGAGUUGGCUUCAUAUGAUCCUGAGACCAAUAGAGUUAUUUGUCAUGGGGGCUACCCUUACAGGAGUUAUUAUAAAGUGCAUACUUACAUGGAGAGUCUUCUCCUACUCUAAUUGGCAUCAUAUGUAAGCCCGAUGACCUCAUACAACAUAUAUGGGUGCAAAGAGUUGGAGUUGUGGUAGUGUCUAUUGCUUUUCUAUUAUUUUCCAUUGAUCAGAUAGGUAGUUUUAUAAUGGUGCUUGCAGCCUUUCUAUUUUCUCUCUUUUUCUGUUAUGUUACCUGUGAAUAUGUAUUCGAUUCCUCUUAUGCUUCAUAACUCUUUUUCUGUUAUAUUACCUGUGAAUAUGUAUUUGAUUUCUCUUAUGCUUCAUAACAGUCUUGAAAAAUCAAUUGCUGAUAUUCAUUUUUUCCAUUA